CCCGACACCACAACACUUAUACAACACGCUCUUGGCUUCACGCCUUCCUCACGCAUCAUGUCGGGCUCAAAGGAGUCUGUUUCGCCCGCUACUAACAAUGCACCGGUUGUUGUUGGCCUUUAUGGCAUCCCGGGUUCCGGAAAAACAUUUCUGCUGCACCAGCUAAAGCGAGAACUUGGACAAGAGCACUUCGAGUUCUAUGAAGGAUCUGAAAUAAUUGCUUCUCUUGUGCCUGGCGGACUCGACGGCUUUCGUGAAAUGACGGAGCAAGACAAGCUCAUCUGCCGACAACGUGCUAUCAACACCAUUCGAGAACAAUGUCUGCGCAGUGGAAAGGUUGGAGUCGUUACCGGACACUUUAUGUUCUGGCGAGAAGAGGAGGAUGCUGGCCAGCCGGUUUAUACUUCAUCGGAUAUGGAUGUAUAUACUCACAUCCUCUACUUGGACGUUCCCGCAGAGCUUAUUGCGCAACGUCGUCGGGAUGACACCAAGAGGGCCCGUCCGGCCACUUCCGUUACUCACUUACGCAAGUGGCAAGAUACCGAGAAGACCCAACUACGCCAUCUCUGUCGGGAAAACCGCAUCUUGUUCGGUGUCCUAUCCGUACAGAGAACGCUAGUAUACAAGGCAUCGGCAUUUCUACACGACUUUAGGCUACAUACCGAGGCGUACAACAUGUCCUCCGCGGAGGGAAGACUGGAGGAGAUUCUUAGCGCUGAUAAUAAAUCGCUCCAGAUGAUGCUAGUGCUCGACGCAGAUCGAACAUUAGCUGCUGAAGACACCGGCGAGCUAUUCUGGGCGCCAGAUAAACGCAACACGCGUGCGCUCAAAGACUUGUUUGGCAGUUCGCUAGGGUACUCGUACACGGCCUUCCGCCAAGCUACAUUGCUGUACGAAGAGAAUGCGGAAGAAAGCGACUUUGACGCCCUCUGUACCAUCGCGGCAUCAGCAGUCCAUGUACAUCCCGAAUUUUCCGCGCUAUUGCGGCUCGUGGCUAAACAAGACCACGUGGGCGCAGUGGUUGUGACAUGCGGGCUGCGCGCCAUCUGGGAGAAAGUCCUAGAGAGGGAAGGCCUAUCUCAAACAGUCAAAGUUAUCGGUGGCGGACGUAUUGCCGACAGCUUGGUGGUGAACGACACGGUGAAGGCCGGUAUUGUAUCUCGCCUGAAAGACACCCAUCACAUGCAUGUGGUGGCAUUUGGCGAUAGCCCACUCGACAUACCCAUGCUCGUCGCCGCUGACCAAGCCAUUGUGGUCGUCGGCGAGGAAGCUACUAGGAGUAAGACCAUGGACGCGGUUCUACAAGAAGCCAUGAAGCGCGAUGGUUUUCGACCACGCCAAGUUCUACUGCCUGGCCAUGCCAGCCCCCGGCUAGACACUGCCAGCCUCCCAAUAGUCUCGCUCGACGACGACGAAUUCACCAACUUGAUCCCCUUCACCCACCAUCAGCAACAACCUACGCCUAGUCCCGUAGUUCUUCACGCGACAACCAAGAAUGCAGCGAAACUCCUCAUGACGCCAACGCGCGACGCCAAUAUAAACGGCCCUGCCUUGCGAGAAGCACAUCGCCGCAUUGGGUGGUACCUAGCCACCGAGUUCCUGACGGAAGUAGUCGGUUUGGAGGAAUACGCAAUCCCCCAUGUCCAAGGCCACCAGACCAGCGGUUUCCGUCUUCGCGACGAGCAGCGCACCUCUAUCGUCGCGCUGAUGCGUGGCGGGGAGCCAAUGGCCUUUGGUGUCAGCGAUGCCUUGCCGCAAGCCAUGUUCAUCCACGCCAAAGACCCCAAAGACGUGCUCGCCCAGCAUUUAGAGGGACGGCAGACUGUCAUCCUGGUGGACUCGGUGGUGAACAGCGGGAAGUUGGUAGUCCAGUUCGUGCAACAUGUCCGCGCCAUCUCCUCUGAGAUUCGCAUCGUCGUUGUCGCGGGUGUUGUCCAGGCUCAAUCUGUUCAGGGUAAAGCUGACCUUGCCCGCACCCUUGCGCGCGAUGGCAAUAUCCAUCUUAUUGCGCUGCGUCUCUCUGAUAACAAGUUCACUGGCAAGGGGGCUACGGACACCGGCAACCGGCUGUUUAAUUCAACUUGUCUCUGUUAA